CAUUUCCGGCAGAUGCUCCCCGGUUACCUAGCAACAGCUUUCCACAAGCUAUUUCGCCGUUGUACUGUUUAUAUAUAUUGGUUGGUGCGGUAACUGGGAGCCAUGAGCAGAGCUGGGGACUUGUGUUUGAGUUCUGCGGGGGCCUGGGUGAAGCUGGCAACCUCCAGCGACGAGAGACACCCAGCAGAGCAUAUUGUGGAUGGGAAUCCAGAAACAUUCUGGAUGACAACAGGGAUGUUUCCACAGGAGUUCAUCAUCAGCCUCAAUUCUGUUUCAAAAAUCAACAAGAUUUCUAUACAGAGUUCAUCAAUACAAAGAUUACAAAUUGAAACAAGUAUGUCUAAAGACCCAAUAAAUUUUGAACGUUGUGUGGAAAAAGAACUUGAGCAUGUAGAAGGACAGCGUCAGACAGAGGAGAUUGCACUCUCUGGAAUUCAAGCUACCUAUUUGCGCUUUGUGAUCUUGUCCGGAUAUGACCCUUUUGUGGCCAUAUACAGUGUUUCAGCUGAAUCAUAACAUAAUCUUCAAAGUGUUCAAAAGACUAUUCUGUGAAAUAGAUUACGCCAUGAAGCCUGUCAGCCUCAGUCUUUUAGGGAGAGUAAUGCAAAAAAUGGCGACCAGAUGUUUGUUUUUUGACAGGACUGCAAACUGUGGUUACAUUAUUUUACAUUUGCAUAAGUGUAUGUAAUAUUUGUAAAUAAAUGAUUUCUUAUUCAUGCUUAUAUGUUGUAUUAUAUCGAUAGCUUGUAUUAAGACCUGAUAAUAAACUGGAUCUAUAAUGACA